GGGCUCUCCUCUGGCCGCCGUUGCUGCCGCCGCCUCCGCCCGCCGCGCGGACCGAGGGGAGCGGGUGGCCGCCGCCUGCGCGCCCGGGGCCGGUGCCGGGGCUGGCUGCGGAGGGCCAGGAUGUCGGGCUUCCUGGAGGAGCUGCUCGGCGAGAAGCUGGUGACGGGCGGCGGCGAGGAGGUGGACGUCCACUCGCUGGGCGCCCGCGGCAUCUCGCUGCUCGGGCUCUACUUCGGCUGCAGCCUGAGCGCCCCCUGCGCGCAGCUCAGCGCCAGCCUGGCCGCCUUCUACGGCCGCCUGCGGGGGGACGCGGCGGCCGCGCCGGGGGCCGGGGCCGGGGCCGGGGCCGGGGCCGGCGGAGCUGGGCCGGGGGCCGGGGCGGCCGCGGAGCCGGACUCGCGGCGCCGCCUGGAGAUCGUCUUCGUGUCCUCGGACCAGGACCAGCGGCAGUGGCAGGACUUCGUGCGGGACAUGCCGUGGCUGGCGCUGCCCUACAAGGAGAAGCACCGGAAGCUUAAACUUUGGAACAAAUACCGAAUUUCCAACAUUCCAUCACUAAUAUUCCUAGACGCCACCACCGGGAAGGUUGUGUGCAGGAAUGGGCUGCUGGUGAUCCGUGAUGACCCAGAAGGUUUGGAAUUCCCCUGGGGACCUAAGCCCUUCAGGGAAGUCAUUGCAGGGCCCUUGCUUAGAAAUAACGGGCAGUCCCUGGAGAGCAGCAGCCUGGAGGGGUCUCACGUGGGCGUCUAUUUCUCCGCGCACUGGUGUCCCCCGUGCCGAAGCCUCACCCGGGUCCUGGUGGAGUCCUACCGGAAGAUCAAGGAGGCAGGCCAGAAAUUCGAGAUCAUCUUCGUUAGCGCAGACAGGUCAGAGGACUCAUUCAAGCAGUACUUCAGUGAGAUGCCCUGGCUCGCUGUCCCCUACACCGACGAGGCCCGGCGGUCACGCCUCAACCGGCUGUACGGAAUCCAAGGCAUCCCCACCCUCAUCGUGCUGGACCCGCAGGGGGACGUGAUCACACGGCAGGGCCGGGUGGAGGUGCUGAACGACGAGGACUGCAGGGAGUUCCCAUGGCACCCCAAGCCCGUGCUGGAGCUGUCCGACUCCAACGCCGUGCAGCUCAACGAGGGCCCCUGCCUCGUCCUCUUUGUAGACUCUGAGGAUGACGGGGAGUCCGAGGCGGCCAAGCAGCUGAUCCAGCCCAUAGCCGAAAAGAUCAUUGCCAAGUACAAAGCCAAAGAGGAGGAGGCGCCGCUUCUGUUCUUCGUGGCGGGGGAGGAUGACAUGACCGACUCCCUGCGAGAUUACACCAACCUGCCCGAGGCUGCCCCCUUGCUCACCAUCCUGGACAUGUCGGCCCGGGCCAAGUACGUGAUGGACGUGGAGGAGAUCACCCCUGCCAUUGUGGAGGCCUUUGUGAAUGACUUCCUAGCGGAAAAGCUCAAGCCAGAGCCCAUCUAGUGGGGCUCCAGCCUCAUGAGACAUUAUUUAAAACUCAGUCUCCCCCUCUCCCUCCCCCUCCUCUUCCCCUCCCUCCCCUCCGCCCAUGGACUCUCCCGGCGUGUCCCGAACACACAGCCCCGGCGUCCAGCCGCUCUGUGGUGCCUUGUUUUCCGCAUUAACUCCUCACCAGCCCCCAUGCGCGUCCUCGCGGCAGCGGGAGAGCCGCCGUGUUUGGAGACGCCGCUCGGGAUUGGCAGGGUGGCGGUGACCCGUGACCAGCUCCCGGCGAAGUGCCCGCCAGGUGUCCUCCCGGGUGAGCCUGCGGGCACAGCGCACGGUGCUCGGGCUCACGCAGCCGAGCGACACGGUGGAGCGGGGACAGGGCCACCGCCUCGCUGGGCCUUAGCUUAGCGCUCCCGGCCUAUGAGAAAGCCUUUCUGGAUGACUUUGCCUCGGUCCAGGGAAAACGAGCUUGUCCGCUGGCUCCGGGGCAGGGGGUCUCUGAUCUCAAAGGAAGCUUGUGUGCUUUUCUGGCGGGAAGAAAAAGAUGGCUCAGUAACGAUUCAUGUAGUAAUUGCUUAAUUUGAUUGGGCUCCUACCAUGGGGAAGAGCUUCUCAUUCCUCCCUUAUCUCCCUCCCUUGAUCUUGACCUUCUCUAAGCUGCCGCCUUCUCAUAUGAACAGCCCCCUACGAGCUUGGAAUUUUGUUAAUAAAUUCUUCCCCCUUGGGCAUGUUCCCAAGAAGACACACUUGGCCUUGGUUCUUAAAGGAGCCCUGCCUCCCAUGCAGACCUCCGACUCCGCCCGGCCCUGGGCCUGGGACCCAGGGAGCUCUGUUGAGGUGCCCAUGCCCACCUUUGGUUACCCCCGUCAUUCCCUUUUCUUUCCAAAGCAGAGCUAAAAGGAGGCAGAUGACCAGAAGCCUUGCUCUUCCCUAAGAACCUGCAGAAAGAGCUGCGCCCGAGGGUGGGGGUGAGGGCAGAGGACAUGGCGAUGAAGAGCAGGCCUCGGACCCACUUGGCUAGACCCUGGUAGUCGGCUCCUUCUCCGGGCUGAACUGACCACUGACAGGAGAAUAACCUCUGUGUGCUCGGGAUUUGUGAUGGAGGGUUUGCCUGGGGGCUGGCAGGGUUUUAGCCCCUUUCAGCCAGACGUCUGGGUCUUUACAGCAGCCCCAGACCUUCCCCGUGGCCCCGCUCACGGCACUGCCAGCCAAACCGUGGAUUUGGGAAACCCAGCCCCCAAAUAGCUGUCACACUGCUCCUUACCGAAUUGGAUUGUUGCUUUGUAGCUCAGAGGUACAAAAUUAGUUGGUAAUGAGACUGUUACUCGAUGUCACCAGCCUGAUAUGCCAUCACCUCGUCAGCAAUAAAGCAGGCAUCUCUGGACGUUACCAACCACUCGGCCGUUCCUGUCCUUAAUAACAAACAUCUUUUUGCUUGUGGUGCUAUGCUUGUAGGAGGUGGGCAGUGGGGGAUGGGGCAUAGGAGAUCCCCUCGUCAUUGGACACCUGGUAGCUACGUUAGAGAAUCGUCAAGAACCCCGAGACCCAACGGUGUCAUCUGUCAAAUCCUCCAGAAGCCAGAAAGCUCGUUCGGAUAGAGCACUAGAGGCAGAUCCAUGCCGGAGGCCUGGCUGCCAUCGCUCUUGGUUUGACUGGCCCUCGCACACAGCGGGUUCUCAGAGGAGACAGCCGUGUGGACACGGUGCUCACUCCCUCCCUACAGGGGAGCAGAUGCUCGGAAGCAGGAGAAGUCCAGGGUGGGAAGCACAAGGAAUCCUGCCCGUGUCUCCCUGUGGUGAAUGGGCAGUAAUCGGAGAUCCUCGCACCCAGCUCUGUCUUAGGGCCAGGUUUCUCUGGGAGCCCUGCCAGCGUCUCCCUUGGGGGGGUGGGAUGGGGCGUGGGGACAAGUUGAGUUUCACCUCCCUUGGAAGACGGGCAAGGUUUCUGCCUGUGCCCUAUAUCGUGAUGACCUGGGAAGAAGGUGGGCUCAUAGCAGCUACUUAUCUUCUGGGGUGGAAGGAACAGGGUCCAGUGAAGAGUCCCUGUGAGUCAUUGCAGCAG